GCGCGCUGCCUCCCGGCGCGCUCCCUCCUUCCUCAUCCUCCUCUCUCCAGCCCCCUUCCCUCGCAGGUGGGAUCGUCGGUGGGACCGGAGCGCGGGAGAGUGAGCCUCCCGCUCCCACCCACGACCAUGGCCGGCUCCGACACGGCGCCAUUCCUCAGCCAGGCAGAUGAUCCGGACGACCGGCCGGUGCCCGGCACCCCAGGAUUACCGGGAUCCGCGGGCAUCCCGAAGUCCGGGGAACCCGAGGUCCUGGACCGCGAGAGGCUGCAGCGCAUCACGGGCUUGUCUCCCGGCCGUUCGGCACUCAUCGUGGCGGUGCUGUGUUACAUCAACCUGCUGAACUACAUGGACCGCUUCACCGUGGCUGGGGUCCUUCCAGACAUCGAACAGUUCUUCAGCAUUGGAGACAGCAGCUCGGGCCUCAUCCAGACCGUGUUCAUCUCCAGUUACAUGGUCUUGGCACCUGUGUUUGGCUACCUGGGUGACAGGUACAAUCGGAAGUAUCUCAUGUGCGGGGGCAUUGCCUUCUGGUCCCUGGUGACACUGGGGUCAUCCUUCAUCCCCAGAGAGCGUUUCUGGCUGCUCCUCCUGACCCGGGGCCUGGUGGGGGUCGGGGAGGCCAGUUACUCCACCAUUGCGCCCACUCUGAUCGCCGACCUCUUCGUGGCAGACCAGCGGAGCCGAAUGCUCAGCGUCUUCUACUUCGCCAUCCCAGUGGGCAGUGGUCUGGGUUACAUAGCAGGCUCCAAAGUGAAGGAUGUGGCUGGGGACUGGCACUGGGCUCUGAGGGUCACACCAGGUCUGGGAGUCGUGGCCGUUCUGCUGCUGUUCCUGGUAGUACGGGAGCCGCCCCGCGGAGCUGUGGAGCGUCACUCAGAUUCUCCACCCCUGAGCCCCACCUCAUGGUGGGCAGAUUUGAGGGCUUUGGCUAGAAAUCCGAGUUUCAUCCUGUCUUCCCUGGGCUUCACUGCUGUGGCCUUUGUCACGGGCUCCCUGGCUCUCUGGGCCCCUGCGUUCCUGCUGCGUGCCCGGGUGGUCCUGGGAGAGACCCCACCCUGCUUGCCCGGAGACUCCUGCUCUUCCUCUGACAGUCUCAUCUUUGGGCUCAUCACCUGCCUGACCGGGGUCCUGGGUGUGGGCCUGGGUGUGGAGAUCAGCCGCCGCCUCCGUCACUCCAAUCCCCGGGCUGACCCGCUGGUCUGUGCCGCCGGCCUGCUGGGCUCUGCACCCUUCCUCUUCCUGUCCCUCGCCAGCGCCCGCGGAAGCAUCGUGGCCACCUAUAUUUUCAUCUUCAUUGGAGAGAUGCUGCUGUCCAUGAACUGGGCCAUCGUGGCUGACAUUCUCCUGUACGUGGUGAUCCCUACUCGUCGCUCCACCGCCGAGGCCUUCCAGAUCGUGCUAUCCCACCUGCUGGGUGAUGCUGGGAGCCCCUACCUCAUCGGCCUGAUCUCCGACCGCCUGCGCCGGAGCUGGCCCCCCUCCUUCCUGUCCCAGUUCCGCGCCCUGCAGUUCUCGCUCAUGCUGUGCGCCUUCGUCGGGGCCCUGGGCGGCGCGGCCUUCCUGGGCACCGCCAUCUUCAUCGAGGGUGACCGCCGGCGGGCCCAGCUCCACGUACAGGGUGUGUUACGUGAGGCAGGGUCCACGGAUGACCGGAUCGUGGUGCCCCAGAGAGGCCGCUCCACACGUGUCCCUGUGUCCAGUGUGCUCGUCUGAGAUGCCACCGCUCGCCUGCCUGCACACCUGCUGCUGCUGGCCCCGGGGCCACCCCACGCUGUGCCUGGCUGAAGCGCUCGGCCCACCCAGCUUCAGGAGGAAGCCUGGCCGUGUGGGCAUGUCCGGCUCCCAGACACUACACAGGCAGCCCAGGGGAGGAAUGAAGGGCCAGGAGGGGAUCCCCUUCACCGGUACAGCCCCAGGGGCUCGGUGCUAUUUGUAAUGGAAUAAAAUUUGUAGCCAG